CUUUGCUCUCCAUCGUCCUCCACUGAUCUCAUCUCACCUUCCUUUCUUCCUUCCUUCCUUCGACCGAUGGGCGCAGGGGCGGCGGGGCUGGACGUGGCCGCCAGCCGGAGGCGGGCGCUGGCGGCCAAGACCAGAGGGGGCAGGCCGCGGCAAGCGAGGAGGCGCGCGCAGCCGCAGCCGCAGCCGCCGACGGCGCUGCAGCGGCUCUUCCGGGCCUGCCGCGCCGUCUUCAAGGGCCCCGGCACCGUGCCCGCGCCACACGAGGUCGCCCUGCUCCGCGCCAUGCUCGACAGAAUGAGGCCAGAGGACGUCGGCCUGAGCCCAGCCAUGAGGUUCUUCCGGACUAGGGAUAAUGCGGCGGCCCAAGUGAACCCAACCAUCAGACACACCACCAUAUACAAAUCUGACAAUUUCUCGAUGGUCAUCUUGUUCCUGCCGCAAAACGCGGUCAUCCCUCUACACAACCACCCCGGGAUGACGGUGUUCAGCAAGCCGCUCAUCGGAUCGAUGCAUAUAAAGUCGUAUGACUGGGCUGAUCCCGAUGAUCCAGCCGCCUCAUCGCCCGACGAUCAACUGAGGUUGGCAGAGCUGGUUGUGGAUGAUCUCUUCACCGCGCCGUGCGACACGUCCGUCCUCUACCCGACGGCGGGAGGCAACAUGCACCGUUUCACGGCCAUCGCUCCAUGCGCUAUCCUCGACAUCCUUGGUCCCCCUUACUCCAUCGAAGAGGACCGAGAUUGCACCUACUACGCGGAUGUUCCCUACUCCUCCCAGCAUCCCGUGACCUGCAAUGAACAAGAAGGGCGACGCCUCGCGUGGCUGAAAGAGGUCGAGAUGCCGAGGGAUCUGAAGAUGUGCAGCGUCUGGUACGGCGGCCCGCCGAUCUCCGACAGGUGAUUGAGCACCCGGCGGCGCCGUUCUUUCCAGCCCUUCACGAUGAUGAACAACUCAAGCAACCCAAACCCCAACUCAAACAAGAUGAUGUCAAAAUCGUUUGCCGUGUGAAUAUAGCAGCAAAGCUAGCUAUUUCAGCCGUGAGCUUAGGUUUUAGUCUGUGCAUGAUGUCUCAGUGAGUGAUGGCAGUUUAUCAUGUAAGAGUGCUUACCUGCAUGCUUUUGCAGCAGCUGUGUGUGUGGACCUUGUCCAGAUCCUUUGUUGAUCUUUGUCAAUGCAUAGAUCAUCCAUAGAUU